AUGGCACACCCAACGCAACUAGGUUUCAAGGACGCGGCCAUACCCGUUAUAGAGGAACUUCUUCACUUCCACGACCACGCAUUAAUAAUUGUGCUCCUAAUUAGCACUUUAGUUUUAUAUAUUAUUACUGCAAUGGUAUCAACUAAACUUACUAAUAAAUAUAUUCUAGACUCCCAAGAAAUCGAAAUCGUAUGAACCAUUCUACCAGCCGUCAUUUUAGUACUAAUCGCCCUGCCCUCCCUACGCAUCCUGUACCUUAUAGACGAAAUUAACGACCCUCACCUGACAAUUAAAGCAAUAGGACACCAAUGAUACUGAAGUUACGAGUAUACAGACUAUGAAAAUCUAGGAUUCGACUCCUAUAUAGUACCAACCCAAGACCUUGCCCCCGGACAAUUCCGACUUCUGGAAACAGACCACCGAAUAGUUGUUCCAAUAGAAUCCCCAGUCCGUGUCCUAGUAUCUGCUGAAGACGUGCUACAUUCUUGAGCUGUUCCAUCCCUUGGCGUAAAAAUGGACGCAGUCCCAGGACGACUAAAUCAAGCCGCCUUUAUUGCCUCACGCCCAGGGGUCUUUUACGGACAAUGCUCUGAAAUUUGUGGAGCUAAUCACAGCUUUAUACCAAUUGUAGUUGAAGCAGUACCUCUCGAACACUUCGAAAACUGAUCCUCAUUAAUACUAGAAGACGCCU